AUGGACAUAAGACGACUUUCUGGUGAAGAAAAGCUUAAAUUCAGUCGCAUUUAUUUUUUUGCUGGGAUCCCGUUUCUCCCUUUUCUUUGGUGGAUAAACGUGUUUUGCUUUCUGAAAGAUUUGUCUUCUCCACAAUCUUAUCCCGAGUUUAGAUUAGUUAGGAAAUACGUCAUCUUGAGUUUAAUCGGAGCAUUAUCUUGGACAUUUGCCUUUGUCACUUGGAUAAUUAUUUUCUUGAAAUUUCGAUCUACUUGGGGUGAAUUAGGUGAUCGAUUAUCAUUUAACAUUCCGCCUGUUUGGGAAGUUACAGACUUGCUGGCGAAAGACGCUGCUAUUGGCGAAACUCCUUCCAUUUACACGUCUUCAUCCGGGCUUCGGCAUAUUUUCAUAUCAACAAAGUCCGGAUUUACGAGCCAAACACUAUACAUAAGUCGUCAUGUGGAUCGUUUGUUACACGAAUAUCACAGUUUAUCACAAUGUGGCCCCUCAAAACCAUCUGGUUUCUGGAUACAUGGUAUAGGUCCUCUUGCAAUUACGAGGACGGCUGAAUUAGCCUUACAUUUAAUCCAUCGAAUGUAUCCUGGACACCUUGAAAUGUCAACAUAUACAAGCAGCUGUUCAACUAAGAAACAUAUUAUAUCUCAAGUUGAAAAUGAACGUGCACUUGUCAGAGAAGAACCGAAAAUCAGAGGUGCUAUCCAUGUUCACAUUCGCUUGGUUCCCACUCGUGGUAUAGAACAAUCCUCAUAA